ACCUAAAUUGUCUUAUUAACAUUGCUAAAUGUUCUAAAGAAAAUAUAGCAGACACAGUUAUAAUAAGCCGUAAUUACUAUAAUAUAUUUGAUUCAAACUCCAAAUUAAAUAUUAUUCCGUUCUUGUCGCGUGCCUCAACUAAAUUAAAACGAUUUUUAAUAAUUUACUGUACUGUACAAUCGUGGAUGAAUAAUAAAUCAAUUACUACUUAUAAAAACUCAAAUCUCUGGUGAUACAAAUAGUCUUAGUGCGCACCUCAAGAUGGAAGACUUCGACUUUUUAUCUUCUCUUCAAACAAACCUUUUCUGUUUAAGAUGUGUUGGAACGUGGCCUUUACUUAACACUUACAAACUAGAUUUCUACACUUUGUAUGCAGUCACAUCUAUAACAGUUUGUAUGUUCGGCCACAAUUUUUUUCAAACAGUCAACAUUUUUUUCAUUUUCAACGAUCUAAAUACCCUCACCGCUGUUAUCUUCGUCGCGCUUACUUGUUUGGUAGCUAUUUUAAAAUCACUGCUAUUUAUUUUUAAUAUGAGAAAGCUGAAAAAGCUUUUAUUGGUUGAUAUUAGACAAAAUUUGUUUCAACCAAGAAACCGUCAACAAGCAGUUAUGGUGGAAAACAGGGUAAAUUUUUGGAAGAAGGUUUAUUAUAUUUUUUCUGGAAUGGGUAUCGCGACUAUGUUUUUCUGGACUAUUUUCCCAAUUGUGGAUGGGACGGUUCAACAACACCGGUUGCCCUUUUUGGCAUGGUACCCCUUCAAUGUCAAUGCAUCACCGUUUUAUGAAAUCACUUAUAUUUAUCAAAUAAUUAGUGUUUUUUUCAUUGUUAUCGUAAAUAUGAAUUCGGACAUGUUAUUAGUUGCUUUAAUGAAUAUUCUUGGGGUGCAAUGUGACCUAUUGUGCGAUAAUUUGAAAAACAUACAUUUUAGUGAAGAUAUAAACGAAGAGUUUCUUCGGUGUAUUAAUCACCAUACGCAAAUCUUAAGUUAUGCUAACGAUUGCAACAAGUUCUUUAAUAUAAUCGUUUUAGCACAAUUUUUCACCACUGUAGCCUCCUUGGGACUGACAAUGUAUCAGUUGACAAUUGUUACCCCCUUUACCAGUGAAUUUUAUUCGUUUAUAGUCUAUGGAAGUGCGGUUUUAAUGGAAAUAUUCUUAUACUGCUGGUUUGGAAAUGAAGUGGAAUUUAAGAGCUUCAAUAUUCCUUUUGCUGCAUUUGAAUUUGAUUGGACUAUCAGUAGUAUCGGACUGCAAAAAAAAAUAAUUUUUUUAAUUGCAAAAAGUCAACGACCAAUAAGAAUGACUGCCCUUAGCUUGUUUCAUCUAUCACUGGAAACUUUCGUUAAAAUUUUGCGUACGGCUUACUCAUAUUUUGCCCUUUUAAACAAUGUAAAUUCACUAAACUAAUCAUUAUUUAUUAUACUUAGGAAUGAAAACAUAUGAAACUACUAAAUGCGGUCAUCUUUUAACAAAGCUGUAAUAAUUCACUUUUGUAAUAAUAAUAAAUUAAUGUAGAUUUUUAUUCACAUUUAGUAAAAGCACACU